AUGCAGCUGAACCAAGGCAAGUUUGAAUACAACGGAUCUUGUGGUUACCUCCUUAAGCCAGACUUUAUGCGCCGUCCUGAUAGAACGUUUGACCCGUUCUCUGAGACCCCUGUGGAUGGAGUGAUUGCAGCCACCUGCUCUGUUCAGGUCAUAUCCGGACAGUUUCUAUCGGACAAAAAAAUUGGGACCUACGUUGAGGUGGACAUGUAUGGACUGCCGACAGACACCAUACGGAAGGAGUUCAAGACACGGAUGGUCAUGAACAACGGCCUGAAUCCAGUAUACAAUGAGGAGCCGUUUGUAUUUAGAAAGGUUAUCCUGCCUGACCUGGCUGUGUUGAGGAUUGGAGUGUAUGACGACAAUAAUAAA